UCAACCUCCAGGCUACCUUUUCAACCUCCAGGCUACUUAUUCANACUUGGUGUUACUAUUAGGCAUAGUUCAGCCUGGGCUUAGUGUGCCAAAAUGAUUGUAUGAUCAAACAGAUUGAUGAAAGGGUGGGGGUCAGUUGAAUCAGUACAACAUUAUUCAUAGACUGGUGACUGGUAUCAUUAUACCUGAUGAAUAUCUGCUAUUUACUUCUUUUCUCAGCUAUCAAAAAUGAAGCUUCUUACUUGCUUCUUUCUUCUAUUUCUUCUUGAGUAUGCAGUUUAUGCUCAAACAUGCAGCAAUGGUGCAGUACGAUUAACUUCUGGUUCUACUUAUGGAGCUGUUGAGGUGUGCUUGAAUAAUGGAUGGGGUAGCAUUUGUCGUGACUUCUGGAACAAUGAAGAUGCAAGUGUUAUUUGUCGACAGUUAGGAUACUCACCAUAUGGUGCAAUUGGUCCUUCAGCUACAUAUUACAGUUCCAGUACAAUCUCUCAUAAGAUGAUUGAUGUUAAUUGCACUGGAGCUGAAACUAAUAUCAUUAACUGUCCUUACAAUGGAUACAGCAGCUAUCCUUGUUCAUUAAGCAGAGAUGCCAAUGUAUUUUGCACUGUUGGAGUCAGUUCAAGCAGUUGUACUACAGGAGAUGUUCGUCUGUUAGGAGGAUCUACUGAUAAUGAUGGAAGAGUUGAAGUUUGUGUUAAUAAUGCAUGGAGCAGUGUAUGUACUUCCAGUGGAUGGAACAGACAAGCAGCUCAAGUUAUUUGUAAUCAAGUUGGAGAUAAUUUCGUUUGUGGACAAGGAAAUUCAAGAGUUGAUAAUAACCUUGCCUCAGUUGUAUGCAGUGAAUUAGGAUACUCAAGAUAUGGUGCUAAGAGUGCUACUGGUCUUUGGUAUAAUUAUGAUUUAUUUAAUUUCUUCAACAUACGCUGUUCUGGGGUUGAAUCUAGUAUACUUGGUUGUCAAUAUAACACAGUAGGGACAUGCUCUAGCAGCAGUGCUAUUGGAGUUGUGUGCUCUCACAACACUAUUAAAGCCCCAGUAAAUUGUACUGAUGGUAGUAUAAGACUGUAUGGUGGUUCCAGUGCAACGGAGGGUAUACUGCAUGUGUGUGCUAAUGGAGCAUGGGGCACAGUGUGUUCAGGUUAUUGGGAUAAUCAAGAUAAUGCUGUAGCUUGUCGUCAACUUGGCUUCUUACCAUAUGGUUAUGAAACUCAUAGCUCAGUAAAUGAUUUUCCAGCAAUUUUCUCUUAUUUCAGCUGUCAAGGAACUGAAAGUAAUUUGUAUAGUUGUAGGUACACUGGAUUGAGUUAUGCUUUCUGUACAAACCGUCAGGUCAUCAAAGUCACUUGUGAAGAGCAAUGCAAAGAAAAUGCAGUUCGCCUUGAUGGUGGUUCAAACUAUUAUGGUCGAGUUCAGUUCUGCACUGGAGGAGAAUGGCGUACUAUUUGUACAAAUUACUGGGACAAUAAGGAUGCUAGUGUUGUAUGUAGGCAGUUAGGAUACUCACCUUAUGGAGCACUGGUUGGUGAAUACUCAUGGUUUAGUAGUUCUCUAUAUACUAAUGUUCUCAGAGGUGUUAAUUGUGUUGGGAAUGAGACUAGGCUUCAAGACUGUCCUACAGACAGCAGUGCUAGCUGUGGCUCUAGUUACUAUCAUGCCACUGUCAUUUGCCCAGUUCAUGGAACUGUAUCAUACUCUAAUUGUACUGAUGGAGAGGUUAGACUUUUUGGUGGAUCCACUGAAUAUGAAGGAACUGUUGAGAUAUGUCGUAAUAGCGCCUGGGGGACAAUAUCUUACUAUUCAAUUUCAGAUUUUACUGCACAAACAAUUUGCAAUCAAUUAGGAUACACUGCACCAGGUGCUACAGGUGUUCGUUAUUCUUAUUUCGGUGAAGGCAGUGGUCCUAUUUUGAUGGGUUAUGUGUAUUGCUCAUCAGUUACAACUUCAUUAUCAAACUGUUACAAUCUAACAUAUUAUAUAACAUAUUAUAGUCAUUAUUAUGACAUUGGAGUCAGAUGUGAAUCUUCUUGUACAAAUGGUGACAUCAGGUUAAUAGGCAGUAGUAAUCCUCUCGUUGGUAGAGUUGAAGUGUGUUUUGAUGAAACUUGGGGUACCAAUAUGUGAUAAUGGUUGGGACCAAU